AGUACGGAUUUGCCUCUUGUGGAACUUAAACGUGUACAGGACUUUACUAAUGCAGUAACAAGUGAAAUUGUGAGUAGUUUAGAACACUACUGAUAACUCCUUGUGCGUGUGGAGGGUUUGUUAUAUUGCAAGUAAAACCCCUCAAGACAAUAGUCAACUGUGAGGCACUGUAUGUGUCCUCAGGAAGACAAUGAGGGCCUCAGGACAUGAUAUUGUGUAGUGGAAAAUUGGUGCUAAUCCCAGGAUUACACAACCCUAUACAAUGGAUAUCAAAAUUGGAUUAAGUGCUGCAGUAAACUGGACAAUACCCAUUCAUUGGGGAUACUUGUGAAUUGGCAGAUAUAACUGAACUUUUGUGGUUCUUAAUCAUUUGUCCUGGGAAAAGGCAUCUCAGUGUUUGUGUGAGUGUGAGAGUAAAAAAAAUGGAGAGAUAUCUUCAUCACACCAUAAAAUUGGGGGUGUUCGUCGCAUUUUUAGGCCUCGCAUUUCAAGGUCAACUGAGCAGAGCGGAUAGUGAAAGAGCCAAUCUUCAGCCCUACUUUGACUUCAAUGUACAGAGAAAUGUCACGGUGUCCGUGGGUCAAACGGCUUUUCUGCACUGUCACGUUGAACGCCUUGGUGAUAAGGCAGUUUCAUGGAUCCGAAAGAGGGAUCUUCAUAUCCUGACCGUGGGAAUACACACCUAUACAUCGGAUAUGCGCUUUCAGAUCUAUCGACUUCAGAAUUCAACUCAGUGGAAUCUGAUGUUGAAAUAUCCCCAAAAGCGUGAUUCAGGAGUGUACGAGUGCCAGAUCAACACGGAACCGAAGAUGUCGUUGUCGUAUACUUUAAACGUUAUUGAACUGAAAGCUGAUAUAUUGGGUCCAUCAGAUCUCUACGUGAAAUCUGGCAGUGAUAUAGAUUUAAUUUGUAAACUAUCGCAUCGCUUGGCGGAUGGUGCCAAUUUAUUCUGGUACAAAGACAGUGAUAUUUUGGAGGCGGCAACAAAUGCAAAUGAAAUUUCCACUGAUACGUCCAGGAGGAUUACAGUGGACACAGACUGGACUGAUGGAUUAACUUCCAGGGUGACUAUUCGUCGGGCAGUUCCAAGUGACACAGGGAAUUACACAUGUUAUCCCACAAUCGCGAGCUCCUCCAGCGUCUACGUUCAUGUCAUUAUUGGCGAACACCCUGCAGCGAUGCAGCAUAACUCUGCAACAUCCCCAUCUUUGCCAUGGAACACCAACUACAUCUUUGUAGUGAUCAUGACCUUUGCCAAAGUACUCCAAUUUGGGGUCACUGGCAGAUGAAAAUCCAGAAGUACCAUCAACUUGGUGCACGAUGGAUAGACAUAAAUUUCAUCAAGAGACAUUUUGGAUGUUCUUGUCAGCCUUCCCAGUAAAGGAGGUUCUGAUACUUGCGUCGGAUGUGAGAGUGUUUUUAAUUGAAAGAAGAAAACAUUUAAUUAAAUUCUGCAAAUGUGGUGAUUGUUUCGGGAAAAAUACAGUUGUGAAUUUCAAAAUUGCACUGUAAGUGCAUGAACGUCUUUGAGAUGGAUUGUUGACGAGAUUGUUGUGUUUUAUCAAGAUGAUACUUUCUCUAUAGAAGAAGACUGAUACAGAUAAUUGAGUUUGUUUUACUCGAACCGUAUAGUUUAUAUCCUAAUUUUAAAUUCUUUUGACCACUUUAUAGUAUAUAACCACCUGUUGGCUAUUCCAAAAGUCUAGGAUGAAAAGUCCAUUUGAACCCUCUUUGGCCUCUACUGAAACGAUUAAUAGACGAAGUCACAUGCAACACGAAUUAUUUCACUCUGGUAGGUGGAAAAAAAUCAAAGAGAAAAAGUGUAUAGUUUUAUACUUUUGACUCAUAUUGUGGAUAAAAAAUAGCGUUGUAAAAAGAAAUAAAAAUAAAAGAAAACAUCUAGAUAAAUAAAA